AUGUCGACCAACCCCAAAGUCACGGCUGGGAAUAUCUAUACCAUCCUGGUAGCGGGCAUGGGAAGUUUUGUGUUUGGAUACUCCAACAAUGCCAUCGCCGGAAGCCUUGUGCAACUAUCCUUUGUCAACAAAUUUCUCAGUGACGGAAAUGCCGAUUCUGUCAUAGGAGGCAUUCUCGGAGUCUUUCUGGGUGGAGGGCUUAUAGGGUCCGUUAUUCAAGCCCCCAUCUCGAACCGAUUCGGGCGGCGCAUAGCCACUGGUUCCGCAGCAGUUCUCACAAUCUUGGCCGGCGCACUACAGGCUGGCAGCGUCCACAUCGCCAUGUUCAUCGUGGGCCGGUUCAUCUGCGGUGUCGGGGCCGGAAUUGUCAUCACCAACUGUCCUGUCUACAUGAGCGAGAUCUCUCCUCCUCAUGUUCGAGGACUGCUGGUCGGUAACCACGCCAUCUCCAUUGUUUACGCCUACAUCUUUUCAUCCAUAAUGGCCCUGGCAUUCAACUACGUGGAUACACCGUACCAGUGGCGACUACAGUUCAUCCUUCUCACCUUUUUUGGUCUCUUGCUCUUGGGUUCGUUGAUGGUACUGCCAGAGUCUCCACGGUGGCUCUGUGAGGUUGGCCGGUACCCCGAGGCAUGGGAGAUUAUCCAGAGUCUCCACAAGCACAAGGAUGGUGUAGACAACGAGACAGCUGCCACUGAGAUGGCUCAGAUCAAGGCUGAGAUUGAAGCUGAAAAGUCCCUGCCCGUGGGCUACGUGCACAUCUUCCGAACCCCGGCACUACGCCAUCGUGCCAUCUGCUCCAUCUUGACCUGGGUAAUGGGGCAGUCCACCGGCAUUCUGGUGAUUGCUAAUCUGACUCCUGUUCUAUUUGGAAAACUUGGCUACGGACCUACCUUGCAGCUCGGACUGUCCAUCGUCUGGACCGUUUGUGCCUUACUUGGAUGCUAUGUUAAUGCGCUUCUUGUGGACCGGGUAGGGAGAGUCAAGCUUCUGGUUGGUGGCGGCUUUCUCUGUAGCGCCAUGCUUGUGGUUGAGGCCGUAUUGCAGAAGUGCUACCUCGGCUCCGACAACACUGCUGGGACCAAUGCAGCCGUUGCCUUUUACUUUUUCUUCAUCUUUGUGUACGGAUGCACCGUCGACUGCGCGGCCUACAUCUACAUCUCCAAAAUCUGGCCCACCCACCUUCGAAGCUACGGCAACACCCUCGGCAUUGUCACCUUCUUUGGCUGCGCUAUCGCAUACACCAGCCCGGCAACUCUAGCGAUGGAGAACAUUGGCUGGAAGUACUACCUUGUCAUGGUUUCUGUCUGCUGCGCUUCUUCCAUCGUCAUGAUGUUUGUAUGCCCAGAGACUGCAAAACUCUCGCUGGAAGAGAUCAAUGCCAAAUUCGGUGAGCCAGUUGCGACUCUUGCCCCUGCAGUGGGCGCUGAGCAUGAGAAGGACCUAAACGAGAGCGGCCAUGAGCUGAGGAUUGAGACUGUUAGCAAGUAG